GCCGCCUUUGCCAAGGUCGUGCUGCCGAAGUCACAACAACUGGUCCUCGUUUCAGCGCCAGCUGAACCUGUACGGCUUCCGCAAGCUCAAUGACCUGCAGCGCGCCCUGCCCGAGGCUGCCGCCCAGGAUGCGUCGAUGUUCCGGCACCCUCUCUUCCGCCGCGAUCACCCCGAGCUGCUCACCGGCAUCCGCAGGCAGCAGCGCAAGAACGAGCCGGAGAUCGCUGCAGCUCCGUCUCACUCAACCGCGGGCCCGAGCUCCGAGAGAGCGGCCAAGCGCAGACGUGGCUCUAACGGCGCGACGCCGGUGCUCGGCGAUGCGCCGUGGGACUGGAACGCGCUGGCCGCUGGCGACGUCUCCGGCGAGGCGCCGCCUGCGGACGCCAGCGCCGUGGCCUCAGGAAGCGGCUCCGCGCCCUUGUCGGCCGACCUCGAGGCCCGCUUCGAAGCACAGGCCGCGCGCAUCGACGAGCAGUCUCGCAUGCUCAACCAGCUGGCCCGCGGCGUGCUGCACAGCCGCCAGCAGGCUGCCGCCACGGCAACCAAGGCGCACUUGGCGCUGAGCGCAGUGUGUCUGGCAGUCGAGGCGGGCGCACUCCAGAUCGAUGUCGCUGGGCGCUUGACGACCGCCCUCGCUCGCAUCUCUGAGUUCGGCGAGGCCUGCGAGAGCAUGCGUCAGGGCCUGGCCGUGACGGACCUGCUAGGCGACGCCUCAAACGAGAGCGACCCGCCCGCUAAGCGAGCAGCUGGCACGUCUCGUCCGAGCACGGCCGGCAAUCCCAGGCGCGGACGCAACCGUCCGGCGACGCUCGAGGAGAUCCUGCAGGCGAUCUCAGCCGGCGACGAUGGCGAGGGCAGCAGCUCGAGCGACCGUCAGGCGCAGAGGGCUCCGGGAGACGCGCAAGACCACGACGGCGAAGCUUCGCCCGACGAGCAGCGCGACGUCGCGGAGCCGUCGACGCAUCAGGCGCACCACGAGGCCGAGCAUGACGCCAGUAUGAGAGACGCCGAGGAGCUCGUCGCAUCGGCGGGCGGCGCAGCCGACGCACAGCACGGCGGCGUCGCCGACGGCGAUGCGGCCGAGCAGGAGCAGUCCGAGCGCUCGGACAUGCGCAUGCUCCUCGAGCCGUCGACAUACGAGCACGAGCAGGGCGCCGAGCACGAUGCACAGCUGCACGCGGCCGGCGGCUCACUCGAGGCGCCCGAGCCGCUGCAGCGCACGUCGGAGAUGGCUGCGGCGCACGGCGCGCACGACGUGUACAGGGCGGGAUGAUGAAUUGCAUGAGGUUGCUUGCAGAGGAUCCGUGAGUGCUAUCCUGAUUGCUAGAGAUGCUUCUUGCUCGUGCGGCUGUGCCGUCGAGCCUGGCGCUUGCGCUCCUUCUCGCGGCGCACGCGCGCGCGGUAUGCCUCCAGCAGGGGCGCCCCACCAGGGCGCGUGCGCAGGCAACUCUCAUAGUAGCGCAGCAGCUGCUGCGGCACCAUGGCGUGCGCACGCAGCGUCGGAAGCAGGAGGUGCUCACCAGAGAUGAAGCGCACCAGCACGUGUCCCUCCUCGUCGCCGCGCUGCGUCUCGCGCCGCACAACCUGCGCAACAUGAUCCCAACAAGGCAGAGCUGCCCAGCGCUGCUCCGUCUCAUGCGCAAAGGCC